AUCCGUUUUUGUUCUGUUCAUAGUUCGCUGUAAAAAUAAUGUCUACAAACUAAUUUUUUUUUUUAAUAUUUAUAAGGUUGUGUGGAAGGCAUUUAAAUUGAUUGACUGCUGCUUUUAUUAUAGUAAAUUUAAGGCAUUUAAAUUAAAAUAAAUAAAAUGACUGGGAUAAUGGAUACAGUAGAAAUGCCGAAUUUAAAAGAAAAUCAGAAAUCUUUUGCUGGUAUACCAGAGGCAGUGUUUUUAGAGGAAAUCGAUUCGUUCAUGGCACAGCCAGACAAUGAAGAAAAUUGUGAAAAAGUACUACAACGACUCGAUGAGCAGCAUAGCAAGUAUAGGUUUAUGGCAUUUAAUUUGGAGGCGAGGCGUCGCAAACUAAAAUCACAAAUACCUGACUUACAACGAUCUUUGGAAAUGAUAGACGUGCUGCGAAAGGAGGAUCAGGAACGUGAAACACAAUUCCUGCUAAGUGAUCAAGUAUUCAUUAAAACAAUUGUACCCCCAACGAAAACAGUGUGUCUUUGGUUGGGCGCUAAUGUUAUGUUAGAAUAUUCAUUAGAAGAAGCCGAAUUACUACUUAAACAAAAUAUGACCUCUGCUAUUGCAAACCUAAAAACAGUUGAACAUGAUCAAGAUUUCUUAAGAGAUCAAAUAACAACAACUGAAGUAAACAUGGCUCGUGUCUACAAUUGGGGCGUAAAGAAACGCCAAGCUAAAAAUGCUGCCACACCUUCCACCAGUUCAUCCUCAUAAUCAACGAAAAUAAAGUGUUUUGAAUAAAAUUCAAAAUAUUAAUUUUUAAAGCUUGUAAUAAUGGGAAAACCGUCAUUAACAUUAAAAACAAAAAAUGCAAACAGAAGUAAAUUAAUUAAAAUGCAUACUUUUUAUAUAAUCGCUCCCUAAUUUGGCUUAAACAUGUUAAAAUUGAAUUAAAAAUAGAUUUGCAUCCUCAAAAUGCUACAAGAAAAACUUAUUUAUUAUACUUUUUAAUACAUUUGUAAAAUCAUAAAUUGUUGCAUUAUAACUAAUAAAAUUAAUUAAAAUAUAAUGUCUGGCGU